AAGAACGCCGAGAGAGAAGAGAAGAAGAUGGUGGCGCCGCCACCGAGACUAGGAUCUUUCCGUUAUCACUUCGAGCAAAAGAGCAAGGAACGCUUGCCGCUGCUGUCCAAUCUGAAGGGCGUGGACUGGGAUGAUCUCGACGUAGAUGACGACGGAAAAAGCCGUGGAUGUCUACACGGAUUGUGGCACGGGAUCGGUUGGUUCUGGGCCCAGGUGCGUAUGGCGGUGGCGGUUGGCUUGGAGUUCGCGCGAUCGGACUUUCGGAAGGUGGUCUUCGCCGCGAAGAUGGGGCUUGCGCUUGCUCUCAUCUCUCUUCUUAUCUUUCUGAAGGAGCCUUUUCAAGAUCUCUCCAGUCACUGUGUUUGGGCUAUCCUUACUGUUGUUGUUGUUUUCGAGUUCAGCAUCGUGGUUAUUUGUGCAGGUUCGACACUGAGCAAAGGAUUAAAUCGGGGUUUAGGAACAUUAUCUGCUGGAGGGCUGGCUUUAGGUGUAGCAGAACUGUCCACUAUGGCGGGAAAGUGGGAGGAAGUAGUGAUUAUUGUCAGCAUUUUUAUCAUAGGUUUUUGGGCAACUUUUGCAAAGCUCUAUCCUACUAUGAAGCCCUAUGAAUAUGGGUUCCGUGUAUUCUUGCUCACAUUUUGUUUCAUUCUGGUUUCUGGACUAAGAACAAGGGAAUUUGUUCAUACAGCUGUGAGCCGAUUUCUGCUAAUAGCACUUGGUGCUGCUGUUGGUUUGGGCGUGAAUAUCUGUAUAUUUCCGAUUUGGGCAGGAGAGGAUCUCCACAACUUAGUGGUGAAGAAUUUCAUGGGCGUAGCAAAGUCCUUAGAAGGCUGCGUUAAUGGAUAUCUUAAUUGUGUUGAAUAUGAGAGAGUCCCCUCAAAGAUUCUUACAUAUCAAGCUUCUGAUGACCCUUUGUAUAACGGCUACAGAACAGCAGUUGAGGCAACAGCUCAGGAGGAUUCUCUUUUAGGUUUUGCAAUAUGGGAACCACCCCAUGGUCCUUACAAGAUGUUCAGAUAUCCUUGGAGAAGCUAUGUUAAAGUUAGCGGAGCAUUAAGGCAUUGUGCCUUUAUGGUUAUGGCACUGCAUGGUUGUGUAUUAUCAGAGAUUCAAGCUCCUCCAGAAAUGAGGCAAAUUUUUCGCAACGAGCUUCAGAGAGUAGGCAUGGAAGGCGCCAAAGUUCUGCGGGAGCUGGGAAACAAAGUUAAGUCAAUGACAAAACUAAGCUCCACAGAUAUCCUUCUGAAUCUCCAUGAAGCAGCCGAGGAGUUACAGAAGAAGAUAGAUCGAAGAUCUUACCUUCUUGUCAAUGCAGAGCUAUGGGAGAUCGGAAAGCGACCCGAAGGAUUGGAAGUCGAUCUCGAUGGCGUCGCCUUCACAGAAAGACUACACAAGCCUCUAGUCAUCAAAUCCCAAAGUGAAACAGUUCUUGAUCUCAGAUCACUCCAUCUCUCCAAAAGCUGGGAUGUUCAUAACACAGGCUUUAAUCCCUCUUCCCAAGUUCCAACUGGCUUCCCUGAAGUUAGGGGUGUCAAUAUUGGACCCGACCCGAAAAUUUCGCUUAACAACGACGAGGUCGUCCAUGAAAAUUAUGGCCUGCUCAAACAGCAAAUAUCAUGGCCUGCUCGGUCCCUUAACAUCGACGAGGCCGUCCAUGAAGAAGAGUCGAGGACUUACGAGAGCGCGAGCGCAUUGUCACUAUCCACUUUCGCUUCACUUUUGAUCGAAUUCGUCGCAAGGCUUCAGAAUGUGGUGAAUGCUUUUGAGGAGUUGAGUGAAAAGGCUAAGUUCAAGGAGCCUAUAAAUGAACCAAAUGCAGAUUCUCCUUCAGGUUUAUGGACCAGUAUUAAAAGGCUUUUUGGUUGCUGAAGAAUUUGUAUAUCUGAGACUGAUAGUUCAUUUGCAGAGUUUCAGGUUAGAUAACUUCAACUGCUGUUGGGUGAUUGAUGUUUUUUUGUUUCUCCCUUCAGUUUAUUCUAACUGACUAUUAUUCCA